AUGGAUCUGACACAAUUUCGAAGGAUAGACCUAAUUCAGGUGUGCAAGGAAUUCGAAAUUUCGGUAGGCAAUGCGGCCAGGAAAGCGCAAGUCAUAGAGGCGAUUGUAAACGCCGAACUAGACCAGGACGAUGUGACGGAAACCCUCAACGAGUUAGAAAGGAAACGACAGGAAGAGAAAGAGAAAGAGAAAGAAAAGCAGAAAAAGGAAUCGCAGGCUCUAGAGGUGGAAAGGUUAAAGCUAGAACUAGAACUUCGCAGAGAAACGGCGAGCGCUUCGCAUGCAAGGCUGCCAGUCGCAAGGUCAGAGAACGUAGACAUGUCCAGGCUUUUACAACCUUUCAAGAUUGGCCAGGACAUUGGUCUGUUUCUGGUCAAUUUUGAGCGCGCAUGCGAGAGGGAGGGCUACGCUGAAGAGAGUUGGCCCGCCAGGCUUAUGACAGUAAUUCCCUGCGAGGCGGCCGAUACUAUAGCACGUCUUUCGGCCGAAGACGCGAAAAGCUACGAAAAGGUGAAACAGGGUCUGCUCAAACGGUUUCGCUUAUCCGCUGAGGCUUUCAGGCUGAGGUUCCGCGACGGUGAAGGCAGAAACACUAGUAGCUUUGCCGAACGUGGGUUUGACAUUAAGGCAAACCUACGUGAAUGGAUGAAAAGUGCCGAAGCUUUCGGUAAUGCCGAUAAAGUCCUUGAAGUGAUUGCGCUCGAGCAGUUCUUUCAGGAAAUUCCUGAAAAUAUUCGAAAUUGGAUACGCGACAAGUCUGGGGUUGCUACAAUAGAAGCAGCCGCCGACUUAGCAGAUGAGUACGUCUCUGUAAGGGGAAUGGACAUAAAGGAGUCCACGAAGAAAAAUAGGUCAGGCCCCGUAAACGGGAAAGCGCGCGAGCAAAAGGCGAACGAGGAGAACCCGAAGAAUGGCCAGGCUAGAGGGGAUCAGAAAAGAAAAGAAGGGCGCGACGACAAGGAGAAAGUAAAAGCUUUUGAGAAAAAACAGCCCGUCGUGUGUCACAAAUGCAAAUGCGAAGGUCAUAUUGCGAUAGGUUGCAGGAAUACUCGUGUCGCGAUGGCCUAUGAAAGUGGGAGUAGCGAAAGCGAAGAUGAACUAAUGAAACCAUAUUUGCAUCAGCUCGAAGUCAACGGAAUCCCGUGCACUGUCUUACGAGAUAGCGGGGCGAGUCUAGAUUUAGUCCACCCGUCGUUAGUUUCGCGCGAGAAUUACCUGAGUAAAUGUGCAUGGAUUCGUCAGGUAGUGGAGGAACAGACGGUAUGCUUGCCAGUAGCGGAGGUGACCCUAAAGGGAAAGUUUGGAGAGAUCCGUACCGAAGCCGCGGUGAGUGACCGUCUCCCCGAGAAGUACAUGUACUUGUUGUCAAAUCGGACAGCUCAUAUGAUGCGUAAAGCCGGAAUGAAGUUAGAGACUGAAACAGUUUGCGCAUUGACCAGAGCUAAGGCGCGAGAACUGAGGGCCUUGAAAGAUGCCGAAGUAACCGCGCAACAGAGCGAAGCCGAUGCCACACGUGGCGUCGAACAUGCGAGUAACAAGGCGAGUACUGAUAGCUCAGACAACUCGGGCGGGAGUACGGGGGAGUUUCUUGCACCUACGAGCGGAGCGUUGUCUAAUUUGAUCAGGGUAGACAGAGACACUCUUGUCGAACUCCAAAGAGAAGACGAGUCCCUCACCAAACUACGCGAUAUCACGAAGGAAGGGAUAGCUAACAAGAAUGUCAAAAUCACUAAGAGAGACAAUGUCUUGUAUCGCCACUAUGAAGACAGGAACGGAAGGGUGGUAGAUCAACUGGUUGUACCCAAGAGCUUGCGCGCCGAUGUUUUGCACCUGUGUCACAGCAACUCCUGGGCAGGACAUUUAGGGAUACGCAAAACGAAGCAGCGCCUACUUCAGGAGUGGUACUGGCCGGGGUGCUUUAAAGACAUAGAGAAUUAUGUCAGAGCUUGCGACACGUGCCAGAGGGUGGGUAAGCCCAAUGAGCGUACCAAAGCGCCUCUAACUCUGGUACCGAUCAUUACUGAACCGUUUCAGCGCUUAGUGAUAGACGUGGUCGGACCGCUGCCUGCGUCCAAAAACGGGAGCAAAUAUGUGUUGACCAUGAUUUGCCCAGCUACUAAAUUUCCCGAGGCGAUACCCCUAAAGGAACAGACGUCUCCUGAGAUCGUAGACGGUCUACUCUCCGUUUUCGCGCGGAUCGGUUUUCCUAAAGAAAUCCAGUGCGAUAACGGUUCUGUCUUCACCAGUGCGUUAACUACGACAUUCCUAGAAAAGUGUGGAAUUCGCGUCAUCCACAGCUCGUUGCACCACCCCCAAUCGAACAGUGUCGAAAAAUGGCACUCGGCAUUGAAACGUGUUUUGAGAGCAUUAGCCCACGAGUACAAGACGGACUGGGAAUUAGGGCUGCCAGGCGCUAUGUUCGCGCUCCGAUCGGUUCCGCACGAGGCCACUGGGUUUAGUCCAGCAGAACUGGUCUACGGACGUUCGUUGCGUUCGCCUAUGCGGUUAGUUAGAGAGAGAUGGGAGAGUAACCAGACUGACACUACAGUGCUAGAGUACGUCCUCGAUCUCCUGCAAAGGUUACAAGAUUCGCGUGAGGUGGCCGAGGCUAACAUGAAAGAAGCGCAACAAAGAGCGAAGUCGUAUUACGACCGUAAUUUGCGACCUAGGCUGUACCAAGAGGGGGACAAAGUUCUUGUAUUACGCCCUACGAGGGCUAACAAACUCCAGGUGCACUGGGACGGGCCCUUUACUGUGUUACGCAAGUUGUCAGACACAACGUACAUGAUUCAGUUUAGGGGGAGAAAGAAAGAAGUGCGCACUUACCACACUAAUCUAAUGAAGCCCUAUAUAAGCGUGACUCAUGUGGUAAGCGUGGCCUUAAAUGCCCCGGAAGAACAACCCUCGGACGUUCCUGAAUGGGGCGACAUUGGAGAUAACCAACCCACCGUAGACGAGAUCGUUCGGACGGUUGUAGGGAAGAUAGAGCUAUCGGAAGAGGAAACAGAUGACAUCAGGCGACUUAUUCGAGACUUCGAGGGACUAUUCUCGGAUAUCCCCGGCAAGACUGACCUGAUCACACACGACAUAGAACUUACCACCGAAGGUCCCGUGCGAUCGCGUCCGUACCGCAUUUCCCCGCGACAGGAGGGCAUUAUGAGAAAGGAAGUUGAAAGGAUGCUCGAGCUCGGUAUAGUCGUGGAGGGAGACAGCGACUUUGCGUCGCCGAUGAUCAUCGUGGAGGUACCUGGCAAAGAGCCGAGACCCUGUAUCGACUACAGGAAACUCAAUGCGGUAACGAAAAACCAGGUCUAUCCGAUACCGAACAUUGAAGAACGUGUCGAGAAAGUGAGCCGAGCGAAAUUCAUUUCUACUCUCGAUCUUAUAAGGGGGUACUGGCAGGUACCGAUGAGCGAGAAGGCCAGACGUUAUGCCGCAUUCACGACUCCGUUCGGCACAUUCGUGCCACAGAUGCUCAGUUUUGGGUUAAAGAAUGCGCCGUUUUGUUUUUCCCGGUUAAUGGACAAUGUCCUGCGUGGAGCGGAAAAAUAUGCGGUGCCCUAUCUGGACGACAUCGCCAUAUUUUCAGAUUCUUGGCAGGAACACUUGAAUCAUCUCAGAGAUGUUUUUGGGCGGUUAAAGAGAGCCGGACUGACUCUCAAAGCCAGUAAAUGUCACCUAGCCCAGGCCGAAGUUCUGUAUUUAGGACACAGGGUAGGACAGGGCAAGCGCCAGCCAGCAGAAUUGAAAGUCUCAGCGAUAGCGGAGUUUCCCCGCCCUCAGAGCAAGGCUGAAGUUCGUGCCUUUCUUGGAUUAACGGGAUAUUACCGGAGUUACAUCCGUCAGUACUCGGAGAUAGCUAGCCCGUUGUCAGAUGCGCUCCGAAAGACAGCACCCACAAAGGUAGUGUGGGAUGAUGCGAAAGAGGGAGCGUUUCAAACUUUGAAGGCCGCGUUGACUAAGCCACCGGUUCUCAUGGCUCCGGACUUUAACAAGCCGUUCAUAGUCCAAUGCGACGCUAGUAACCGCGGGAUGGGAGUUAUCCUUUGCCAAAAGGGCGCCGAUGACCAAGAGCACCCAGUUUUGUACGCCAGCAGAAAGCUCUCGGUGAGGGAAGAGGCCUAUAGCGCCUCCGAAAAGGAGUGCGCCUGCUUAGUCUGGGCUACCCAAAAGUUGUCCUGCUACCUGUAUGGAACAAAUUUUGCUUUCGUGACAGACCACUGUCCACUGACGUGGUUGAAUCAGAUGUCCGGGAAAAACCCUCGUCUACUUCGGUGGAGUUUGGCGCUACAACAACAUAACUUUGAAGUUCGGUACAAAAAGGGAAAGGCUCACGUCAACGCCGAUUGUUUAAGCCGAACGUGA